AAUCAUUAAUCCGAGAAUAUUGUUGAUAAAACACCGAUUAAAAGUGAUACUAUCAUACCUCGAAUUGAUAGACCCAAAAUGAAAUAAUACCAGUAACCUAAUAAAAAUGAAAACAGCUUUGCUUCUUUUAUUUUUCACAGUAGAAUGCAAGACCAUCAAAGGUGCGGAUGUGAUCCAACAGGAAUGGCUGAAUUUUCAGAAACUAUUCAGAAGAAACUACGAUGCCCCCGGUGAAAGUGACAAACGGUUUUCGAUAUUCAAAGAAAAUCUCUUAAAAAUAUCGAGCCACAACGACUUAUAUGACGCUGGCAAUGUAACCCACAAACUAGGCGUGAAUCAGUUCGCUGAUUGGACCGCUGAAGAAUUCGCAGCUUACGUCAAUAAAUUCCAAAUUAACACGACGAAGAUCGACGCAAAAAUAUAUCAGUCUGGUGAAAAAAAUCCGGCCAUACCCGACUCUUGCGAUUGGAGGCUUCAAUGGGCGGUUACAGAUGUAAGGAACCAAGGACACUGUGGGUCCUGUUGGGCAUUCAGUGCGGCUGGUGCCCUGGAGGGACAAGCCCAAAUCGCCCUUGGCAAGAGGUUAAGGCUGAGCGAGCAAAACCUCGUAGACUGCGCGGACGAAUCCUACGGAAACUACGGCUGCAACGGAGGAGACAGCAACGCCGCCUUCCUAUACGUCAAAUCUUCUGGCAUCCAAUCCGAGGAGACUUACCCUUACGUGGCAACCCAGGGUGAAUGCCGACAGAAAUCCGCAGAAUUAUACGUGGACGAUUUUUAUUUCGUUGGCGGCACUGAAGAAGCUCUCAAGGAAGCUGUGGCUUCCCUCGGCCCGGUUUCUGUGGCUAUCGAAUCGACCACAGAGCUCCAGCACUACACCGAAGGCGUUUUCUUCGAUAGGACGUGUACGAACCGGUUGAACCACGGGGUUCUGGCUGUUGGUUAUGGCGCGGAAAACGGGCAGGACUACUGGCUGAUCAAGAAUUCUUGGGGAUCUUCGUGGGGAGAGCAGGGUUACUUCAGAAUGGUGCGGAAUAUGUACAACAACUGCGGAAUAGCUAGUUACGCCACUGUUCCGGUUGUGUCGGAAAGGAAACGUUCAGAUUGAUGUGCUUGUGGCUGAGAUGUAGCAGUCCGAAACACAUUAGGUUGGCAGAAUGUGGUGUUAAGUAUCGAUUUGAAAUUUUGAAGUUUUGCUUUCAAAAUAAUGAAAUUUCUUCUUUCAAGAAGCUUUAAUAACUCAACGUAUGUUUCACAGUGCUGUGAAACAACUUGGUGAAUCUACAGAACCUAUAGAAGUUGAUAUCAAUGCCUUGCUGCGCAGGUGCUUGCAGGUGCAUAGUAUAAAUAUCAUAAAACAUAUUAUCUGCGUAUAAAUGAUGAUGACAUAUCUGCAAAUUUUGUAUAAGAUUUUCAUUUGUUUUUUGGUAUAAUUGCUUUAACCACAACAGAAAGAUGUUAAUACUUCUUUUAGAUAUUAUUUUGCUUAUUUAAAUGCAGUGUAUGAUUUUGUUUCAUACAGUAGAUUCGGGUGACUUGGGACGAUUUUUGAAUUCAACUUGUCAUAUGUUCAAAACGUCGACCUAUUUUCAUCUGAAAAAAAGGUUCGUAUAUGCAUAAUGACUCAGACUAUUGAUUAGGAUAUAUA